CAUUUACCACAGUGUUCUAUAUCACCACGUUUCCUCCUGUGUUUUGCUGAUAAUUGCAAAUUCUAAUGGCGAAGCCGGAAUACGAUCGAACAAGCGAAUUGAAAGCUUUUGAUGAAACAAAAGCGGGUGUUAAAGGAAUUGUUGAUGCUGGAAUUAAACAGGUUCCUCGGAUAUUCCAUCAUCCACCAGAUGAGUUCCAAAAGAACUCAUCUGUCUCGGAUGAUGGUAUACCUGUUAGUAUUCCAGUUAUCGAUCUCGAAGGCUUGAGAGAAGAUCCCGGGACUCGUCGGAAGAUCGUUGACAAAGUUAAAAGUGCAUCCGAAUCAUUUGGCUUUUUCCAAGUUGUGAACCAUGGGAUCCCCGUGAGUGUCCUGGAGGAGAUGAAGGAUGGUGUUCUCCGUUUUUUCGAGCAAGAUUUGGAGGCGAAAAAGAAGUUCUUCACUCGGGAUUAUAGCUCGAAAAGCGUGGUCUACAACAGCAAUUUCGAUCUUUAUAGCUCACCAGCAGCCAACUGGAGAGAUACACUUUUCAGCUUUAUGGCUCCCAAUCCUCCCAUGCCAGAAGAGUUACCGGAGGUAUCCAGGGAUAUAAUGAUGGAGUACUCGAAUCAAGUAAUGCAAUUGGGUUAUUUGCUAUUUGAGUUACUCUCUGAGGCUCUAGGAUUGCAGCCUAAUCACCUGAAAGACAUGGAUUGUGCUAAAGGGCUAGCCAUGCUGUCGCAUUAUUAUCCAGCGUGUCCGCAACCGGAACUCACUCUCGGUACGACCAAGCACUCCGACAAUGACUUCCUAACGGUGCUCCUACAAGACCAUAUCGGAGGCCUCCAAGUUCUUCAUGAAAGCCAAUGGGUUGAUGUACCCCCAACUCCUGGUGCACUGGUCAUUAACAUCGGCGAUUUUCUACAGCUGAUAUCAAACGAUGCUUUUAAAAGCGUGGAGCAUAGAGUGGUGGCGAAUUCUGCAGGGCCGAGAGUAUCGGUGGCCUGCUUUUUCAGCACCGUUCUUCUGGCGGAUUCAAGGACUUAUGGACCGAUUAAGGAGUUGUUAUCGGAAGAAAAUCCUCCAAAAUACAGGGAAAUCACCAUAAGUGAAUAUGUUGAAUAUUACCAAGCAAAAGGCCUUGAUGGUACCUCUGCCCUGCUUCAUUUCAAGCUCUAAACAUGGCCAUGGAGAUUAUUAUAGCGGCAAUGCCGAUCGGUUUAGAGAAGUCUAUGAAAUAUCGUUCUUCGAAAACCAGCUAAUAAGUGUUGUAUUUUCGAAUUUGUUUAAAGGAUGUGUGGGUGCAUAUGAGUUCUAAGUUUGUAUAACAUCAUAUCCACUUAAUGAACUAAUUAAUGGAGAAAAAAUUAGACAAUAAACAUGCAGUUUUUCAACGUAA